GCAUACAUUCUCAUUCGUAGGAGGUUUGGUAGUGAUAAAUCUGUUGCACGCAUAGCAUCAUCGCUCUGGUGUGCGAGAAGUUUCUCAUAACGCACACACUUAUCGAGUGGUUUUUUACCGUAUAGUGCAGGACUCCUAUUUUUUAAUACAUGAACUGCUCUGUUGGCUCUCUGAAGAUACACAGGUCACUUGUUGGGAACUGCUAACAUUUACUAGCCGAAUAACCUGUCCUUGGAAAAACUGAAGAAGUGUGUGGACCCUUCACUUACCCUUCACUUACGAUCAGAUCGUGCAUACAGCAUGGUGGUUUGGGGCGUAGUUUGCUGCAUCUUGGCAGCGCAGAUUUCCUUAGUCGGUGGAAGUGCAGGAAAUGUAUGGACAUACAGAGGCUCGGUUGGUCCGGACCACUGGCACCUGGACUACCCACACUGCGGCGGAGUGAAGCAGUCGCCAAUCAACAUACAGACGGGGGAAGUGGUGGUGGACCCCACCCAUCUGGCACCCAUUGUCUUCUCCGGCUACGACAAAGUUUCCAGCACUAACUACACACUCGGGAACAAUGGACAUACAGUACAGGUGGACCUGAACGAUCAACAUAUGUUGAUCAGCGAGGGCGGCUUGGGAGCCACUUACAUCGCCGAGCAGUUCCACUUUCACUGGGGUGCCGCAGACACGCGCGGCUCCGAGCACUCUGUCAACGGCCGCCACUACCCUAUGGAGAUGCACAUAGUCCACUAUAACCGGAAGUACGGGAACCUAGCGACCGCCAUAAGUCACGAAGACGGCCUCGCAGUGCUGGGUUUUUUCUUCGAGGUUGGAAGAUAUAACGAACACUUUAAUGAAAUAAUUCAGCACUUCCAUGACAUAAAAUACAAAGAACAGCACGUGCCGAUCCACUCGAUACCUCUGAUUGAGCUGAUCCCGGCGCGCUUGUUCAACUACUUCCGGUACCAGGGAUCUCUGACCACUCCUCCCUGCUACGAGAGCGUCACGUGGACGCUCUUCAAUGAAACCAUAGAGAUCGCCGAAGAACAGCUGGAGAAAUUCCGGAAAACUAUUUUCGAGAAUCUCAAGGACGAGGGCGGGGUAUCCAUUGACAUAUCGGACGACUUCCGGCCCGUGCAGUGCCUACACCAACGUCGCGUGUACGCCAGUCACCGAUCACUCCACUACGACACAGGCCCGGCCGCUGCCGCCUUCCAGGAUAACGAACGUUCUGCCGCUAACGUCGUUACAAGCGUUGCAUCGAUUGUUCUAUUCAUUAUGGCGUUAAUGAACAUUUGUCUUUAAGAAUAUAUGUAAUGUUUCCAAGAAGAGAGUCAGAAAUUCGUUAACGUAAUGGUGCUAUUUUCGAAACUAUCCAUCGCUAACAACUACACCGCAAUAAACAGAAGGAUAUGCUUAACAGCAGACGCAAUUUACAUAGUUAAAUGUUUCGCAAGGGUAUAGCAUUUAAGAUAUUGGGAUGUUGUCGUAGUUUGUAUUUUUUUAAUGUACUCAUGAACAUUGAUUAACAAAAUAAUACAUGCAACUGUAAAUACAUUUAAAUAUGACAUGUACUAAAUGGAACAUGCAUAUUGUUUAAGCAUUUUAUUAUGUCGUGUUUCUUUGUUUACACGAAACAGCAUUUCAGUAUCAUGAUCCCAUUUUUGAACGAUCAUAAGAAUAACUUAUUUUUUAAAUUAAACUAUGCGAGAAGUGUUUUCGCGGCGAUAAUCAUAAAACGCUGAAAUAACAAAAGCUUGAUAUAUAUUACUUAUGUUGUUCAUUCUGUAAAAAGAAUAUCAUCGGUAUAUGCAUGUAUAUGUAGCAUGAUAAUUUCUUGUAUUAUACGUAUAAUAUGUGCUUAAGUAUUGUGACAGUUGUGUAUGUACCAGACCAGACACUUACAAAAAGAUAUAUUGAUGUUACCCAAGAUUUACUUAUAUGUACUCACAAAAAUUUGUGAAGGAAAAAAAUACCUCUGGUUUUAAUUCUGGUAUAAUUAUGUAUGAUUAAGAACCAAUGCAAUGUAACGAGAAUUUGAGUAUCUUCCACGGCCGCUCGUGUAAGAUAGGUUCAUCCCAACCCGAGCGUAGGGUGUUGUGCGGAAACGAGGUUUACCGAGUACUGUUUUAAGAACAUACAAAUACUAAUAGGAGAAAAACAUAUGAACCUUAAUGUUUCUACAAAUGGCAUUACACAUUCUCUCUCUCUCUCUCUCUCUCUCUCUCUCUCUCUCUCAUGUAUGCCAGACGAUCAAUAAAGUUUAACUAGA